GCGGCAGAAAAAUUAAUUGAACUCGAAACUAUAUAUACGAAAAUGUCUCCAUCAAUGGCCAAAACUUUUUGGGAAAAUUGGUUAAAUGGAAAAGAUUUUACAAAAAAGUACAAGCAUUAUUUAUCAAUUAAUUGUAUGUUUAAACCAGAAAAUCAAACAGUUGGCCAAUCAUUUUGUGAUUUUGUAGAAACUCGAAUUCGUCUCCAACUUUUAUUUUCAAUUGAAAAUAUUGAAGAAAUUAAAUAUUGUCAUGCAAAUCCAAUAAAAAUAAAAAAUAAAUGUUUAAAUAAAAAUGAUUUUUAUUUUGGUUGGAAUUGUAUAAAAUGGUUGAUUGGAAUAAAAGAAAAAGAAAAAAAUAUUUUAAAUUUAAUAUUUAAAUCAGAAAAUGGCCAAAAUCGUUUAAAUGAAUUUAUGCAAAAAAUUGAACUUGAAUUUUAUAAAAAAAUGCCUAUUAUUUCACAAAAUGAAACAGAAGGAAUACGUUUAUAUGUUGAAUAUUUUGAACCAAAAAAUUAA